AUGGCUGGUACAAGGAACUACGACUUUCUGAUCAAAUUAUUGCUGAUCGGUGACUCUGGCGUCGGCAAAUCAUGCUGUCUACUACGGUUUAGCGAGGAUUCAUUCACACCGUCUUUCAUUACCACUAUUGGCAUCGACUUCAAGAUCCGUACUAUUGAACUUGAUGGCAAGCGAGUGAAGCUCCAAAUAUGGGACACAGCUGGGCAGGAGCGAUUCAGAACAAUCACAACCGCUUACUACAGAGGGGCAAUGGGCAUUCUCCUUGUUUACGAUGUCACUGAUGAACGGUCAUUUCAGAAUAUUCGCACAUGGUUCUCCAAUGUUGAGCAGCAUGCGAGCGAAGGUGUCCACAAGAUACUCAUUGGCAACAAGUGUGAUUGGGAAGAGAAGCGAGCAGUGUCCACCGAGCAAGGUCAACAACUGGCUGAUGAGCUUGGAAUCCCAUUUCUAGAAGUAUCGGCCAAGAACAACAUCAACAUUGAGAAAGCGUUCUAUGAUCUUGCUUCAGAUAUCAAGAAAGGAAUGGAUACAUCAAAGUCUGAACAAGUCAGCUCUCAAGGCGUUAGUAUAGACCAGCAGGGUUCUGGCCUGAAUGGCAGCACAGGUGGAAAGUGCUGCUAA